AUGGAGGUUUGGAAUUCACUUAGGAGUCGUUUCUCACAAGCUAAUGGUCCAAGGAUUUCACAGCUUCAGAAACUGAUUUCAACAAUUAUGCAAGGAGAUACAACAGUGACUACUUUCUUCACUGAUCUUCAAGCUUCUUGGGAUCAAUUGCUUAAUCUCAAGCCUUUACUAUGUUGUUCUUGUGGUAAAUGUGUCUGUGGAGUGAAUGACAAGAUCACAUCCUUUCAUCAUCAAGAUUCUUUGAUGCAAUUCCUUAAUGGCUUAAAUGAAGUCUAUUCACAAGUCAGAACUCAGAUUCUGAUGAUGGAGCCAAUCAAGACUCAAGGGUUCAAGCAAGUUGGGAAGAACACAAAAGGAAAGGGCAGACCUGUAUGCAGUCAUUGUGGCAAAGUUGGUCAUUUCAUGGAGAAGUGUUACAAACUAGUUGGAUUUCCACCAGGGUACAAGCAAAAGAGCAAGGUGUCUAUGGCUAAUCAAGUGACUCUUGAUGGUGAACCUGGUCAAUUCGAGGCUACAUCACAGUCAGCAUAUUUCCCUUUCACAUCUGAACAAUGCCAACAGUUGUUGUCAAUGCUGAGUUCUCUUGCAUCUUCUUCUGGCACCAAUGAUGCUAUUCACUUAGCAAAUUCAGCUCUCCCAGGCAUAGUUCAGGUUACUUCAAACUUAAUUCUUAAGGAUGUGAUUUGUGUCCCAGCCUUUACUUUCAAUCUGAUUUCAGACCUUACCUACUGGAAUAUGAUUGGAUUGGGUAAGCUUCAUAGCAAUCUGUACCUGCUGCAAACUUCAGAGAAUUGCAAGUCUAUCUUAGAAGCUACUACUGUCCUAGAGUCAAUUUUACAGUCCUUUGUUCAUUCUAUUUCUCAUGUUCCUAUUGUUACUAAGCCUUACUUGUGGCAUCUUAGAUUAGGACAUGUCUCUGAUGACAAACUUCAUCAUUGUAUAUCUGAGGUAUUCCAUCUUCUGAUUCUGGUCCUAUUCAGGUUUCUAGCCAAUUUUUUAGACUCUUCUCUUCCUGUCAUCUCAGAUUCUACAAUACCAGAUUCUGCCAUACCAGAUCCUGUCAUUACAAAUUCUGCAAAAGCUAGUUCAUUGCCCCUUGAUCAAGGGCAUGCUAUUGUUCCACAUGCUUCCCUUCCUUCUUUAAGAAGAUCCUCUAGGCCUACCAAACCCCCUUCCUACUUGCAAGACUAUAAAUGCAGCACUAUCAUUUCCAAUGAGCUUACAUAG